GCCUGUUUUUCCCUUUCAGUCCAGAUUUUGGAGGUUUUUUCCUCAAAUUGGGAAGCGGGGGCCACUGGAGGAGCUUGGCCCCCCCCUGACGUGUCCGUCCCCCCCCCUCGGAUGGCCCGGCCGCCGUGCCACCCCCCAGCGUGACCCACCACCACCACCCGAGGACAACCAUGUGGCACCACCGUGGCCUUCACGGUGUCCUGCUGGCCACCCGCCGGCCGGUGCCAACCCAAGCCACCCCGGUGACCCGGCGCCGGUGGCAAUGAGCGGCCUCGUCCCCGGACCAUGAGCUCCCACCGCCCUCCCCGGCACGACGGCUCCGAUGCCGAGGGUGGCCCCACGGUGGCUUUUUGGCACCAAAAUGGCACGGUGGUGGCCACCACCACCACCAUCUCCUCCUCUUCCACCACCACCACCACGGGAGGUGACACCCCUCGCCCGGGCCUCGUCACCCCCGCUGUGCCUAAAAUGGGGGUGCGCGCUCGCAUCGCCGAUUGGCCCCCCAAAAGAGAUGUCACCAAGGACCCCCCGACGUUCCGGGAUGGCAACCGGGAACCCACCUCUUGGCGAAGUUCUCCUGGUGGCCACCAAGCUUUGGGUGGAGUUUCGGGCUUCAAGGCUCUUCACCGGUUGGCUCGUCGCCGUUCCAAGGAAGUGGAAUUCCAAGAAGAAGGUUGGAGUCGUGGUUCUCCGGCCAAGGCCUUGGCGCCGUUACGGCACCGCAGCAGCAGCGAGGUCACCUUGAGCGAGUGCGAUCCCGAAGAAGGUGCCGAAUCCCGAGGGAAUCCAGGUCUUUUCCGGGAAUACGGCAGCACCUCUUCCAUCGACGUCCAAGGCAUCUCCGAGCAGAGCUUUUUCCAAAUGCUCAACGAAUUCCGUAAUGGAAAAACCCAACCCAAGUUGGAAAACGCCGGAGAUGGCGCCUUCCCACCGGGAUCUUCUCCCGAAGGGUUGAAAACGGGUGGAAAGAAGGAGGAACCUUCAACUCAACCCAAGGAGAAACCUCGCCGGAGAUGUCCCAAGGGAGAAGAAUCCAUCUUCAAGAAACUCCGGAGCGGCCGAAACGAGGGAGAAACGGGCAAAGAAGCGGAAGAACCGCGAGGGACGGGGACGACCCCCCCGGAACCGGGCAAACCUUGGAUGUGUCCCAAGAGUUUUGCCCACUACGACGUCCAGAGCAUGCUCUUCGACCUUGGGGUGGUGGCCACCAAGCGAGCGGUGGUGGCCCAACGGCGAAACACCACCACGGGGGCUUCGGCGGCUUCGGCUCCCGCUUUUCGAAGCACCGGGGGGGGUGUCCCGGGGGGGUCGGACUCUUCGUUUUCCAACAUCGAAGACCUCAAUCGGAAGGAAAAUUUGGAAAGAGACCUCGGAGAUGCCACCAGCAACGAGCUCCUCUUGAGUUGUCCCCAUUUUCGGAACGAGAUCGGGGGCAGCGUGGAACGUAACGUCAGCUUCUCCAAAGCUUCGGCGGGUUCUCCUGGGGUGACCGGGAAGGAAAUCGGGGGGGGUUCUUCUUCAUCAUCAUCAUCAUCAUCGUUAAAAGAACCUCCCCUUCCUCUACGUCCCACCAACGCCGGCGUCUCCGUCCUGGAGGUCCCCAAGGAGCUGCAGAGGAACCUCAACCGCCUCAAGCACCACAGCGUGGAGCACGUGGACCUCGGCGCCCGCUACUACCGGGACCAUUUCCACGGAAAAGCCACCAAGGCCGGGACGGGGCGGGGGCUGCCCCUGAGGGACGCCCUGGAGUACGUGGUCCCCGAGCUCAACAUCCACUGCCUGCGCCUGGCCCUCAGCACCCCAAAGGUCACCGAGCAGCUCCUCAAGCUGGACGAGCAAGGGGGGGUCCCCAACAUCCCUAGAGGGGUCCCCAAAGUCCCCAGGAGGGUUCCCAACGCCGACUCCACCGGCACCCACUCCCUCUACACCACCUACCAGGACUACGAGAUCAUGUUCCACGUCUCCACCAUGCUGCCCUACACCCCCAACAACCCACAGCAGCUGCUGAGGAAGAGGCACAUCGGGAACGACAUCGUCACCAUCAUCUUCCAAGAACCCGGAGCUUUGCCCUUCACCCCCCAGAACAUCAGGUCCCACUUCCAGCACGUCUUCAUCAUCGUCCGCGCCCACAACCCCUGCACCGACAACGUCUGCUACAGUGUGGCCGUCACCAGGUCCAAGGACGUCCCUCCUUUUGGUCCCCCCAUCCCCAACGGCGUCACCUUCCGCAAAUCCGACGUCUUCCGAGAUUUCUUGCUGGCCAAGGUCAUCAACGCGGAGAACGCCGCCCACAAAUCCGACAAAUUCCACACCAUGGCCACCCGCACCCGCCAGGAGUAUCUCAAGGACUUGGCCGAAAACUACGUCACCAACACCCCCAUCGACUCCACCGGGAAGUUCAACCUCAUCUCCUUGGCUUCCAAGAAGAAGGAGAAGACCAAAGCCCGGGUCGGGGCGGAACAACACAGCGCGGGGGCCAUCGCUUGGCGCGUCUCCGCUCAGGAUUUCGCCCGGGGAGCCGAGAUCUCUUGCAUUUUGGGCAUCUCCAACGAGUUCUUGGUCCUCUUGGACUUGGGAGCCAAGGAGGUGGUCUUCAACUGCUUCUGCGGGGACGUCAUCGGCUGGACCGCCGACGCUUCCACCCUCAAGAUCUUCUACGGUCGAGGAGACCACAUCUUCAUCCGGGCGGCCGAGGGUGGCCCCGAGGACAUCAAGGAGAUCGUGCAGAGGUUGAAGGUGGUGACGGAGGGCUGCGAGACGGUGGACAUGACCUUGAGGAGGAACGGGCUGGGCCAGCUGGGCUUCCACGUGAAGUACGACGGGACGGUGGCCGAGGUGGAGGACUACGGCUUCGCCUGGCAGGCGGGGCUGCGGCAGGGCAGCCGCCUGGUGGAGAUCUGCAAGGUGGCCGUGGUCACCCUCAGCCACGACCAGAUGAUCGACCUCCUGCGCACCUCCGUCACCGUCAAGGUGGUCAUCAUCCCCCCCCACGAGGACGGCGCCCCUCGCAGGGGCUGGGCGGAGUCCGUGGAGCCGAGCAGCGUGGGGGAGCCCAAGGGGGGGGACGGGGAGAGCUUGCCCUCGGGCUACCGCCCCCCCUACCGCAGUAGCCCCGGCUGGCAGUGGAGCGGCCCCGCCUCCCACAACAACCCCCCCCCCGGGCACGGGCCAGCACUGGGGCGGGGGGGCAACAAGCCCAGCGUGGCCUACAGGGAGCCACAGGCGCUGCACGGCAAGAG